UACUUUGACAUUCAUCUAGUCUGCCAGUUGCCUGAGGCGUGUUCUGUGGUUCUGUGUUACAUUAAUUUAAUUAAUUUAUUUAUUUAUAAUUAAAAAAAAAAAACAAAAAUGCCAAACGAUAAUGUUUUCGAACGCAUCUGUGAAGACGUAGCGCGGGAAAGUGAUAUCCAAAAUGGCGAUUCGAAUAUUUUUAAAAAUGAUUGCGAAAGUAAAAGUGUAAAUCCGAAAAUUGAGACGAAAGUUAAGAAAGCUAGGAGUUAUGUGGAGUUGUCUAUGUUGAACAUGGCAAAUUCGGUGAAAAGCUUGGGAAGAAAUGAAAGGAGAGUUUUAGUCCUUUACACAGGGGGUACCAUUGGAAUGGUGAAAAAUAAGGACGGGGUGCUCAUACCACAAAAAGGUGCUUUCGAAAAUCUCAUCCGAGGCUACCCGCAGCUGCACGACAACAUGUUUUGGCGACAACGGUUGAGUGAAGCCAGUUUCGAUACAUCAUUUUUAGUAUUACCAGAAGCAAAAGAGUUGGAUGUAAGGAUUUUUUAUAAAAUAGUAGAGUACGAAACGCUGUUGGAUUCGUCUAAUAUGACUGAAGUGGAAUGGAUAAAGAUUUCUGAGGAUAUUAUGAAAUACUACGAACAUUACGAUGGUUUUGUAGUGCUUCACGGUACGGAUACUCUUUCGUACACUGCAUCAGCAAUUUCCUUUAUGUUUGAGAAUAUUGGCAAGGCAGUGGUUUUCACUGGGUCACAGAUUCCGAUAUUUGAGCCAAGAAGCGAUGGAACGGAUAAUUUUGUUUCUUCUUUACUCAUUGCUGGUGGACUCAACAUUCCAGAAGUUACUGUUUACUUUGGAAGUAAACUUUUCAGAGGGAAUAGAACCAGAAAAGUUUCCGUAAACAACCUCUACGCGUUUGACUCUCCCAACUGUGUACCGCUCGUCGAAGUGGGCAUAGACUUCGAAGUGAACAAGAAGGCCAUAUUCAAGCCCAACGUGAUAGAGAAGUGUCACCUCCAUGCGAAGAUGUCGAAGAACGUUGGCCUUUUGAGGAUUUUCCCAAGUAUCAGCUCUUCAGUUAUCAAGGCAUUUUGUCAGCCGCCUAUUGAAGGUGUAGUGCUAGAGAGCUACGGUGCUGGUAACAUCCCGUCGAAUAGAGACGAUGUGUUCAAGGAGAUCGCGGCGGCUAUCGCACGAGGCGUCAUCGUGAUCAACAUCACUCAAUGUGCCACGGGUAGUGUCGUCACGCCAAUGUAUGAGACUGGGAGGUUGAUCGCUGAAUGUGGCGUAAUAUCAGGAUAUGAUAUGACACCGGAGGCUGCUCUCACUAAACUGUCAUAUGUGCUGUCUAAGAAUGAACUCACAUACCAACAAAAAGUCGAGAUGAUGGUGACGAAUAUAAGAGGCGAGUUAACAAAUACAUCGUCAAUAGCUAUUGAGGAUAACAUCCUUGUAGAUGCUUUAGCAACGAGUCUCAAUAUACAAUCACCAAAGAAACUGAUAGAAGUAACAGAUAAAGUAUUCAGUGCUUUACUAUUAUAUGCAAUAGAACAUGACGAUGACAGAGCAAUUAAGAAAAUGUUAGAUAUGGGCGCAGAUGUUAAUGCUGAGAAUUCUGAAGGUAAAACUGUACUGCACGAAGCGAUACUAAAAGGGAAUGUUCCGAUCAUUGAGUAUUUGUUAAAAAAUGGUGCUAACGUACAUUUGAAGACAAGAUGUGGAGAAACACCUCUUCUAACAGCGAUACAUAAGGACAAUCACACUGUAAUCAAUUUACUCAAACAAUGCGGUGCCCAUCUCACUAGUGCUGAUACUAAAUCUGUAGCAGAAAUGCUCUCACUGGCCGCUAGAAGUGGUAGUGUGAAUAGAAUGGAGACUUUGCGGGUAGCUGGUGCUGAUCUGAAUGCUACUGAUGAAAUUAAACAAACUCCGUUACAUAAGGCGGUGCUAUGUAAUAAUUCUGACGUGGUACGAUAUCUGCUAUCACAAGACGAAGUACAGAAGGACUCGCUGGAUAUCCUGGGCUUCACACCAUUGGACUGUGCUGUUAAACUCGGCUAUCAGAAUAUUAUCGAUAUGCUGAAUCAAUAAAGAAUCUGUUACCAUUA